AUGCUCGAAAGCCGAGGAAUCCAACUUUCCCUUGCCUCUGGAGAACAUCCCAAACCACAGCUCGAACAUGGACUGCUUGAGGGUGUCGGGGCUCUUGGCGAACGGAUGAUUCUUGCUCCUGAGGACAUUGAUCAAUUGCGUGAACUGCUGAAGAAGGUCGUAAUGAACGUCCCCUUCUUCUGCUACUUGGCUGGACUAUCUGCGCUGCGACAUUGUUAA